GUGACGUGACGCGCGAGCGCCCAUACUCUAGAAAUGUCAGACAUUUGUUCCUCUUUUGUGCUCACUCUUUAAAAUAUGUCGAUGGUUAAAGCGUAUUUAAUAUUUUCCGUGCUGUUUGUCGUGUUUGGUACUCCUCUCGGAUUUCUGGGAAAUGGAGACACGUUUCGACGGGAGGUGUCCGUGGAGCUGAAUCCGGGUCUGACUCCUCCGUCCGUUCUUCCUCGCGGAGUGGCUCUGGUUCACGUGCGAGGUCUGGGGCUCAACGACACGCUUCACUUCCUGCUGUGUAACUCUGAAGCUCCGGCUCUGCUGAUGGUUCACACGAACAGCACUCGGUCUGCUGUACAGGUGGACUGGCCUGCGUUUCUCAACCACAGUUCAUCCAGCAGCCUGAGGGUGGAGCCGGAGAGCAGUGUUCAGUACAGAAGCGCUCUAGUGUUCACCCGAGUGUGGGAGUACGAUGACGUGAAUAACACGGCCGACCCGCAGAAGACGGCAGAGUCCAGCUUCUAUCCUCCGUACGAGCUGGAGAAGUUCAUCUGGAGCGAGCUGAGCGUCACUGCGAACCAGACGGAGCCUACGGUGAAGAUGUGUGGAGGAGAGACAUCGGAGAGCUUCCUGAACGGCUCCCUCUGUCUGCAGUUCUCAGCGUUUGAGUCGGAGGGUCGUGAUAAACCCUGGCCGAGUCUUCGUCAUAACGCCAACUCCUCUCAGCUGCGAGUGUGGCUUGACGGCGUGACGCCGCGAGGAAACAACUCUAGAUUCGCCCUGGAGCUUCAGUCUGUAGGAGACUCGGGGUCCGAGGGACGAGUGGACGUCCGCAGCUCUAUAGACGACGAGUACACUCCCUCCAUCUUCAAGGUGUCUCAGUGGGUGUCGUCUCCGGUGAACAGCAGCAGUGUUUCAGGUUAUAAUCAGUGGAAGCCCGUGGCGUAUCGUAAGCCUCAGCCGGUGUUUGAGGACGCUACCGCCUGUAAACACUCAGCGCUGGUGUCCGUGAACCGCAUCCCUCGGUCCGGUCUGGUCCAGGCCUAUUUCCCUGAGCGGUCUGAGACGUCCGGCCUGAACAUCAGCUUCGGCAUCGCUAAAGACCCCGUGUUUUACAGCGACACCAAAUACAUCAGCUGGACUGUUUUAGUGGGUCUGGGCGAGCCUCCGGUCGACUCGUUCUCCCCGUUAAUCAUCGUCAUCAUGACCGUUGGACUCGGCACUCCUCUGGCCAUCAUCCUCGUGGGUGGAGUGUUUGUUUGGAUCCGUAAGAGGAUGUCGCACUCGUCCGGCUACGAGCCAAUCAGAAACACGGACCAUUAGAAACACGUCAACAGAGUAGAGUUUAACUGACCGCUAUCUGGAUGGCUUUUGAUUUAAACUGAAUUUUUUUACACGUUUGUACUUAAAUCUGAUUGGCCGGUCGAGCGCAGAUCAAAACUAAAGGUAUUAUUUCAUUGUUUUUACGCGAUCGUGUUUCACACUUGAUGCUUGUGCCAAAAUCCUGCCUGUAAGAUCAAUUAAACUGACGGGGUUGAUGACCGCUGCGCACGUUUUAAAGAUUUAAAACACGAUGUCCUCUUUAAUUCAGAAAUCUAUGCAAACGCUUUCAUACUUAAUGGAAACGGUACUGUUGGAGAUUCUCAGGGAUUCUCAGUCUGUUGAGUUUCGAUGUUUUUAACGAGUUUAUUGUGAAGGCGUUUUAGAAAUGUUCAUUUGCACCGCGUGCAAACGCUUUCUGAAAUCUUUCCUUUUGUUGCUGCUGUCUUCAGUCACUUGUGGAUGUAAAUAUGGAUUCAAACCUUUCUUUUUCACUAUAUAAAUUCAUCCGACUCUUUGUGGA